AUGGACGUCAUACACGACAACGACGACAAAGCCAAGCCUACGACAAAUAAUGAAGAGCAGAGACAGCGAGCUGCCAUUGUUGUGCAGCGCGCGUGGAGAAGGCACGCGCAGAGAAAGGACAAUCUCAGUACAGACGCACGCUGGAAGGAUACGCUUCAGAAUAUGGAGAAGGAGCGGGUGAUCAAGGAGGCAGGUCAGGAUAAAAACGACCCUCGUUCGCGGUUCCGCAGAGGUGUAUUUCUCGCGGCGAGGCUUGCUGAUGGGAAUGCACUGCCUUUUUUCGAAGAGGAUCAUCGUUGGAGGCAUCAUAAUGAACCCAAGCUCACAAAGGCUCGGCAUUUGCUGCGAACUGGAGAGCCAGCACAUGCUGGAAAAGCACCGCUAUGGAUCGAACUGUACUUUGCACGUCCUGGAUGGCCUCAAGCUGACCGCAGCCAGUACUACCACCAGAAAUGGAUAGCUGCCGAUACGGACGUCAACUUUUUCAAAUGGCUUGACGAGGGCGACGGAAAGGACCUAUCUCUACCAGAGUGCUCAAGAGAGCAACUGGAAUCCGAGCGUAUUCUAUUCCUCUCAGCAGAGCAGCGACUCAAUUACCUAAUCAAGGUCGAUCCAGAGGGCAAGAUUCGGUGGGAGCGCAAUAAUGAAUAUGUGGACACUGCUCCUGGCAAGUGGAUUGAUGCUGGAGAUGGUCAGGGUAUCGUUCGCUCAGAAGGGGAAGGCAACGAACAGAACAAACAAGUCGAUGACAAGAACCACAGAGGCAAAGGACACGAUCCCAAAGUGGCCGAGACGGCGCGCCAUUACGAAGGGGUUACGGGUGAUCGUAGCCUGAAUUCGUUUCAGAGAAUGUGGAAAGAUCGAUUCACGACGAACGGGUUGAUGGAGAGGCUCCUCAGAAAGACGGUUCGCAAGAACACUUGGCUAUACGUCUCGGAUAAGAACUUCAAUGUCUUUGUCGGAAUAAAGGAGACGGGAUACUUUCAACACUCCUCUUUCACUUCUGGUGGCCAAGUGACGUCCGCUGGCCUCAUCGAGGUCGACAAUGGGCUCGUCACAAAUUUAUCACCUCUGUCCGGGCACUAUAGAACUGGAAUUGACCACUUCAAGCAGUUCCUGGAGAUUAUGAACGAGCGUGGCAUGGAUCUACACAGGAUUCAUGUUACCAAAGGAGAGGUACUGCUAUGGAGCUUGGAACACUGGAAGGGCUUUACCAAAUCACUCAAACAGUCAAAGAAGAAAGUUCAUCACGCGGCUCACGUGGCCGUGCAUCCACGCAAAGCCAAAGAAGAAGAAGAAGAGGAAAGGAAAAAGGAAGAAGAAAAUAAGCAAGCGAUGAAACAGGUCGAUGCUGCCGAGGCCGCGGCUAUCGAGGCAGAAGAGAAGAAUAGGAAGGAAGCAACGGAGUCCACAAUACGUAGAAAGCUGGCACAUCACGAGGAGAAGAAGGAGAAUCAACCGGAUCUAGCUCCUCUGGAAAGUGGGACGGCUUGA